AUGGAUAGAUUAAAUCAAGUUUUAGGGCAUUUAUCUCCAUCUGCAACUAAUCACAUAACUUCGAAAAACCCCGAUGAUGUGGUGAUUGUUGCAUCUUAUCGUACAGCAAUUGGAAAAGGGUUUAAAGGAAGCUUCAAGGAUGUUGGGAGUGACUAUAUUUUAUUGAAGUUUCUAGAAGCAUUCCUUGCCAAAACCCAGGUUAAUCCUAAUUUAAUUGAGGAUAUUGCUUGCGCUAAUGUACUCAAGGUUCGUUCCGGUAUCUGUGAACAUAGAGCUGCCGCCAUAAGCGCUGGUAUUCCAUACACCACCCCCAUUAUAGCCAUAAAUAGACAGUGUGGGUCUGGAUUGGUAGCUAUAGGUGAUAUAGCAAAUAAAAUAAUAUCGGGAGAAAUUGAUUGCGGUCUAGCUGUUGGUGUGGAAUCGAUGACUAAAGACUUUGGAUUGGGUCAAUCAGUUGUGUCAAAAGCUCUCGAGGAUCACCCAGAAAUGAUAAAAUCUAAGAUUCCUAUGGGGAUCACCAACGAGAAUAUUGCUAUCAAGUACAAUAUCUCACGCAAACAACAGGAUGAAUUUGCAGCUAAAUCUUUCCAGAAGGCUGAAAAAGCAUUGGCUUCAGGUGUCUUUGCUGAUGAAAUAUUGCCUGUUGAAUCAUUAAUUGAAGAAAAGGAUGGCCAAGGUAAUGUUUCUUUUAAAAAAAUUAUAGUUGAUAAAGACGAAGGUGUUCGUAAGGGAGUCACUGCAGAAUCCUUGGGCAAAUUACGCCCAUCAUUUAAGAAGGAUGGCCUGACCCAUGCUGGUAACUCUUCUCAAGUAAGUGAUGGAGCAGCAGGUGUUUUACUUAUGAGACGUUCUUUUGCUGAAGAAAAUGGAUUUAAAAUUGAAGGUAAGUUUGUUAGAUGUGUUUCUGUUGGUGUUCCUCCAGAAAUCAUGGGGGUUGGUCCAGCAAUGGCUAUUCCUCAUAUUCUCAAGAAAACUAACUUAGUAGUGGAUGAUAUUGCAGCCUUUGAAAUCAAUGAAGCUUUUGCUACACAAUGUUUGUACUCAAUUAAAGCCUGCAAUAUACCAGAAGAGAAAGUGAACAUCAAUGGGGGGGCUAUUGCCUUGGGCCAUCCAGUGGGUGUAACUGGGGCUAGACAAUAUGCUACAAUCUUAAGAUUAUUGAAGCCAGGUGAUAUUGGUUUAACCUCAAUGUGUAUUGGUUCAGGUAUGGGCUCUGCUAGUAUAGUAGUUAAAGAAUAA